ACAACAACUCACUUCGUUCUCUCUCGCAACACUGCUCGGAGGGUUUCGUCAACUCUGGGAGAUAUAGCAAACAUGGCGAGCUCCGAUCUCGUUGAUCAUUCCCCCCACCAUCCUACCCAGGCUGCCCAACUCAACAGCGCGUCGAAUGUCAUCCUUAUCGACAACUAUGACUCCUUCACUUGGAAUGUCUAUCAGUACCUGGUUCUCGAAGGUGCCACUGUGAAUGUCUACCGUAACGAUCAAAUCACUAUCGAGGAACUUAUCGCCAAAAACCCGACGCAGCUCGUGAUCAGCCCGGGUCCUGGCCACCCCGAGACCGAUGCCGGUAUAAGUAUUGCUGCAAUCAAGCACUUCGGCGGCAAGAUCCCCAUUUUCGGAGUGUGCAUGGGCCAGCAAUGUAUGAUCACUUGCUUUGGAGGAAAGGUCGACGUUACCGGCGAGAUUUUGCAUGGCAAGACAUCCCCUUUGAAGCACGAUGGCAAAGGCUGCUACGAAGGGUUGCCUGCUAAGCUCGAUGUCACCCGGUACCACUCUCUGGCUGGAACUCAUUCGACUGUUCCUGACUGCCUGGAGGUCUCCUCUUACGUGCAUCUGGCCAACGACAAUGCCAACGACAAGACCAUCAUCAUGGGCGUGCGACACAAGCAAUUCGCUAUCGAGGGUGUCCAGUUCCACCCUGAAAGUAUUCUCACGGAGAAUGGACGGACUAUGUUCAGAAAUUUCCUGAAGCUUACAGCAGGCACCUGGGAAGGAAAUGGGAAGCACUUCAAUGAGCACAAGACCGUGGUUUCCUCUGCGCCUUCGGCUGCCGCCCCGAAGACCGAUAAGAAGAAGUCUAUCCUUGACAAGAUCUAUGACCACCGCAAAGCUGCCGUGGCUGUGCAGAAGACUAUUCCUUCGCAGCGGCCAACCGACUUGCAAGCUGCUUACGACCUCAACCUUGCCCCCCCUCAGGUGUCCUUCCCCGACCGCCUUAGAAAAUCCCCUUAUCAUCUGUCCCUCAUGGCGGAGAUUAAGCGGGCUUCUCCUUCCAAAGGCAUGAUUGCCGAGCAUGCAUGUGCGCCAGCCCAGGCUCGGCAAUACGCGAAGGCUGGAGCCAGUGUCAUCUCCGUCCUUACCGAGCCUGAAUGGUUCAAGGGCAGCAUUGAUGACUUGCGCGCUGUUCGUCAAAGCCUGGAAGGCUUCACCAACAGGCCUGCUAUCCUUCGCAAAGAAUUUGUCUUUGACGAAUACCAGAUUUUGGAAGCGCGAUUGGCUGGUGCUGAUACAGUUUUGCUUAUUGUGAAGAUGCUCAGUACCGAGCUUCUUACAAAACUGUACAAAUAUUCCCGCAGUCUCGGAAUGGAGCCACUGGUUGAAGUCAACAACCCGGAGGAGAUGAAGAUUGCAGUGGAUUUGGGAGCGCAGGUCAUUGGUGUCAACAACCGUGACCUGACUAGCUUUGAGGUCGAUCUCGGAACCACAAGCCGACUGAUGGACCAAGUUCCUUCCAGUACCAUUGUCUGCGCGCUGAGUGGCAUUUCUGGGCCUAAAGACGUGGAAGCUUACAAGAAAGACGGCGUCAAAGCGAUCCUGGUCGGUGAGGCUUUGAUGCGAGCGGCGGACACGUCUGCAUUUGUUGCAGAAUUGCUCGGUGGCAGUGAUAAGAGCGUUGAGACUAAGAUCCAGAGCUCUCCACUUGUGAAGAUCUGUGGCACACGAUCUGAGGAAGCGGCAAAGGCCGCCAUCGAGGCUGGCGCUGAUCUAAUCGGUAUUAUUAUGGUACAAGGAAGGAAACGACUUGUUCCGGAUGACGUUGCAUUGCGGAUCUCACAGGUUGUCAAGACCACACCUAAGCCCGCCAGCCCGUCCAGCCAAAUACCUGACGCAGCAGCUGUGGACUACUUUGAUCACUCUGCCUCGAUUUUGCGUCAUCCCAAUCGGGCUCUGCUCGUGGGUGUAUUCCAAAACCAGCCAUUAGAGUACAUCUUGUCUCAGCAACAGAAGCUCGAACUUGAUGUCGUUCAAUUGCACGGCUCUGAGCCGCUCGAGUGGGCUAGGUCGAUUCCCGUCCCUGUCAUUCGCAAAUUUGGUCUCGACGAGCCCGCAAUUGCCCGGAGAUCUUACCACACGUUGCCCCUACUAGACUCUGGAGCUGGUGGAUCUGGUGAGCUCUUGGAUCAAUUACGUGUCGAGCGAGUUUUGGAGAGCGACAGCGGUCUACGUGUCAUUCUUGCUGGAGGUUUGGAUCCUACAAAUGUCGUUGAGACGAUCCAAAGGCUCGGCAAGUCCAGCGCUAAGGUGGUGGGCGUGGACGUCAGUUCUGGCGUCGAGUCCGACGGCGCACAAGAUCUGGAAAAGAUCCGCGCCUUUGUUAAGGCUGUCAAGAGCCUUCAUGCAUGAUCUGGUGUCUGGCUUUUACAAUACAUUCAUACUAUGAGUUAACCAAUUGGGUCACAUCAAUCUCAGUCUUACUUCCGGUUCAUUUCAAUUCGUAUACUCUAAGGAAUAGGACACCAGGGUGUUCUGGUUAUGAUUAAAUAUACUCACAUAGCUGUCACCUCAUAGCAGUUUAUUCUUAAAUGAACUAUUCACCUUUUGUCACUCUCUUUCUAUUACAUGGAAUGGAAAAGGGCAAG